UUAUCAGACCUGCGUCUGCCUGGUUGGCACUCUGACCUCGCGAGACAGUGACUCCCUAGAUGAGCACUAUAAAAGAGCUUCUGAUCACCAAGGGUCUCAAGCAAAGAAAGAAACGAACAGCUGAAGGUUAUGAAACACUGAAGGGCUGCCCUUGCAACAACGUCCCUCCAAGUUCAAAGGUCGCUGAAGCCCAGUCAGUUGGCAGAGGUAGAUUUUGAAAGAAAGAUGGAGCACGUCUCUUUCUUGCCGCUGUCCCGUUUUGCUGUUUGUGGCGGGACGCAUGGCAAUGAGAUGUCGGGGGUCUACAUGGUGAGAGAAAUGCAGAGACAGAAGGCUGAUCGGACGGGAUCGGUUUCUGUAACAAGCGUCCUAUCAAACCCGCCGGCUGUGGAUGCCUGCAGGAGAUACAUGGAAACAGAUCUAAAUCGCUGCUUCACUGAUGCCUUACUGAGUGGCCCCACAACAGACGACACGCCCUACGAGUUGAGACGCGGCCGCGAGCUGAACGCUCAGCUCGGGCCCAAGGGGAGCCGAGAGGCCGUGGAUCUGCUCUGCGACAUCCACAACACCACCGCCAACAUGGCCGUGUGUCUCAUCUUCUACUCCUUUGACUGGAUCGCACUUCAUAUUUACAAAUACAUACAGAGCAAGAUGACCUCUGCACCUGUGAGAGCCCUCUGUCUUAAUGAACCACCUUCUGAAGCCUAUUCUCUGGAGUCAGUAGGAAAACAUGGAAUCGCGAUAGAAGUCGGCCCUCAGCCCACCGGAGUCGUCAGAGCCGAUAUCUUUAACAUGGUGAAAGAGGCAGUGGAUCUCACGAUAGAAUGGCUUCAGAAAUUUAAUUCUGGAAGUACUUUUGAAGGAGGUGAAGUGGAGGCUUACACGCCGGUGGGAAGUGUGGACUACCCAAGGGAUCCUACAACGGGGGAAAUCACUGCCGCCAUCCACCCACAGCUGCAGGACAAUGACUUCAAGGUUCUCCGUCCAGGCGACCCCGUGUUCCAGUUAUUUUCUGGGGAGACGGUGAAGCAUGAGGGAGACGACCUCUACCCUCUCUUUGUGAACGAAUGUGCCUACUAUGAGAAAAAAGUUGCCUUCAAGUUGACCAAAAAGAUCACUGUGACCUUGCCGUCUGUGGGUGUGAAGAAGGACUGAGAGGACGUGGACAUAGAUUCUAAUUCUAAUCAACAAAUUAAAAGUGUACAUGCAUAAUCGUUUUUAAUCUCAAAUAUUUUCAUCUCAAAUGAGGAAAUCUACAACAGUAAUGAUGAGUAGAUAUAUUCUACUGGUGCAGGACACAAACAACUGGAUUACCUCCUCAUUACUUUAUGGCUUUCCAAUACAGCAGCUCUGUAAGAGUGAACCUCAGCGGCUUUAAAGAGGAGGCUCAAUUGAAAUGCCAGAGAGACUGGAGUUAUAAUCCUCCACCUGCUGCAUACAACUGAACUAUGACAUGGUUCUUUUUUUUCGCACUGUGGCAAUGAUGCAAAAUACUAUUUGAAUAAAUGGAAACAUGGAUCCCUUUUAAUUA